GGGAAGAAGUACCACGCCGCGUGCUUCACCUGUGCCGAGUGCGGCUGCUCGCUAAAGGGCGGAUACGCCAUCGCGCCCAUCAGCGGCAAGCCUUUUUGCGCCGCUCACAUCAAGGAGGCGAAGAAGCGCGAAGCCGGGCGCGCGGCGCCGGCCUUUGAACUGGCGGUGGAGGACGCGGUCGCCAAGGAGAUGGCUGCCGCUCGGAUCGGCGGCGCUAGCGGCGGCGGCGACGCGCCCACCAAGUACGGAGGGCUCGACCGCGGCGACCGCGACCGGCCGACGAUUGACUAUAAAACGGGGGAAGAGCUGUGGAUCGAGACGGGGACGAACCGCAAGUACCGGCUCGCAGCCGACGGCGGCAAGGAGUACAUCGGCGUGGCGGAGAAGCCUCGGCUCGGCGGGGCCAGGACGUGGAACCAGGCAGCGCCUGGGGCGUGA